AUGGUUUUUAAGCCAUUCACCCACCUCGCGCGCCAGAGUUUCACCAAAGCCUUUACUCAUGGCUACGCUCAAUCGGUAGUCGCGGCGUCGCAGUCCUCAUACGCGUCUACUACCACAUUAAAUUCUCUCGCCGCCCAACCCGCCAAAUUCACUCGCACACAACUCCAGAAUGCGUUCUCCAACGCGUCUAGCUCCUCCGGCGCCGGCGCCAAGGCGAGCCAGGGUGGUGGUGGCAACGGAGAUUUCGGGUUAGCUGCCUAUUACGCUGCCUGGCAGCAUGCCCAGCAGACGGGCGACGAUAGUGACUGGCGCUCUGAUCAGUUCAAGCGCCGUAUUGGUUGGAAGCCUUCUGCUGAGGAUGCCGAGGGUAAGGAAGAACGGGCCCCUUCGCCCGAAUCCGUGCCACCCCAUCUCACCAAGGCUGCCGCGAACGAGAACGUCAGCGCUCAGGUCGAGGAAGCCGUCGCCCGCGAGAUUCAGAUUCAAGAGGAACAAGCACAGGCCGAGGAAGCAUUUGAGGCAAACGAGCCUGCCGCCGAGUCUGUCGAAGAUGUGCUCGUGACUGAGGCUAUCUCCGAGGAGACCAAGGCCGCCUCGGAUCGCAUUGUCCGGCUGGCUACUUCGAAGAAUUAUGCCGCAAUUCCGGGGGCGUUCCAAUCGUUGCUUAAAGACGGCUUGACUCCCUCUGUCGAUGCUUACAAUGCCCUCCUCGUUGCAGCUAUCCAGCUUCACCCUGAUGCGGCCCAGGCCAUCCCCAAGGCUCUCGAUGUCUACUCUGAUAUGCUUCGUCGUAGGGUAAUUCCCGACGAAGACACCUAUCAGACUCUCGUUCAGUUGCUGGUGACUCAUGCACUUAAAAUUAUCAAGGCCAAGGAGGUAAUCGAGCAGCAGCGUGUCCGCUAUGGUGGCAUGGAGGAGCCUGGCAAGUUCAUGCUCCAGUCCAGCGAACUUGAGCGCGACAUCCUGGUUGAGGACCAUUCAUUGUCCAUCGCUGUCACGCUCUUCAACACUGCCACAACCCGUCACUCCCGCCUUGCGUUCCCGCUCGACCUCUACCGCCAACUCAUCAUUGCUUGUGCCCGCGAGGGCAAGGUCGAGGACAUGAUUCGCAUCUACUCCCACAUGGAACAGCAGAAGGUCACUCCCCAUGCGACUAUCUUUCCGUGUAUGAUCGAUGCCUUCGCUGGUACUGGUGACCUCAAGAGUGCUGUGGAAUGCUACAAUGAGUAUCGCGCUCUCGCUGUCUCAGAUGACAAUGGCGUUUUUACCAUUGUCAAGCGUGUUGACGGCGAGGUGUAUGCCGCUCUGAUUCGUGCCUACUUAUCCUGUGGCAAGGAGGAGGGCGCUCAGAGCUUCCUCGGCCGGAUCCGCUCCUCGUUCGAUGAUAUCACUGAGAACCGCGAAGCUCGCUGGGCUGCGGUAGAGGAAGUGAUUGUGCAGGAUGCACUCGUGCAACACUCCUUGAAUGCUGGUGAAUACAGCAAGGCUUUGGAGCAAGCCAAAGCCCAAUUGCACGAUGAAGCUCGGGAUCAUGCCAUUUCCCGAAUUUGUAUUGCCGCGGCCGAUGCCGGUGAUCUUACGACUGCCUCCGAGGCCUACGAUCGCUUGUCCACCAACCCGGACGUCCGACAGAACCCCGCAGUCUCACUUCUUGCCCUUCACGUUCGCCGGGGCAAUGUUUCGGCGGCCCGUUCCCUAUGGAUCAUGCUUACCACCGUCGGUCAGGCAACUCCGGAUCUGGUUCAGCCGACCGCCAUGUACGCGGUUGCACUUCUGAAGAGUGGUCAGGUUGAGGAAGGUCUGCACGAGGCGCGUACUAUGUUUGCUCGCAUUCGCAACGCUUCUACCAAACAGGUCACUGUCGAUACCACAGCACGUGAACAGGUCACUGAGUCUCUUCACCUCUUCGGCCGCGUUCUCAUGCAGACGGCCGCUGUUCUUUCGCCUUCCGCAUCUAUGACUCUUUUAUGGUCUAUGAUCGAGAACGGUGGCCUUGUGUCUCCCCUGGCUGAACACGCUGUCGCCAGUCUAGGACCCAUUGGCAUCUCUCAGCUGACUCCGACCGACCUCACCCUCGCUCUCCAGGUUCAGGCUGGUAUGAUGGCGAACAACAGUGCACUUCUAUUUGAUGUUGCCCACCCUGUCCGAUUUGCCCACAUGCUCGACGUCGCCCUUUCGGCUUCUCUUCCGCUGGAUUCCUACACGACCCACCUGAUCGACCAGGCUGUCGCCAAGCUCUUCACCAGCCGUCCUGAUGUUGUGAAAAAAUGGCAGGAACAUCUUGAGGCCUCUACUCAGGCCUCGUUCCUGUCUGAACGCUACAGCCCCGUUUCCAUGACUGAGACCAACAUUACGACCCCUUCCGCAAGUCCUGAUUCCUUCGACCCCUAUGCUCAGGCUACCGACUUCCGGGGCUCUGCUGUCAUCGCCGAUGAGCUCGAGAAGACCGCCGGCCGGACCGAGACUCAUCUUAAUGAGGCUUUGAUACGGCUCAAGAACAUGCGUCGCAUCGGUCGUCACCCUCGCUACAUCACGUACGCGAAGCUUAUCACUGCCGCUGCGAAGGUUAACCGCAUGGAGUUGGUCAACGAGAUUCACACCAUGGCCCGAGCUGACGUUCCUCUUAACCCGGCUUACAAUGCUGUCAAGUAUGGCUGGGUUUCCAUUCUCGAUGCGAUGGUGUCUGCCUGCCUCACUCUCGGAGACCGUAAGCUGGCUGGCCAGUUCCACCAGGAGCUCCUCAGCCUUGGCUCUGCACCCUCUGCCAACACAUUCGGCUUGUACAUCACCACCUUGAAAGAGUCGACCAAGACAUUCGAUGAAGCUACCGAAGCUCUGAAGAUCUUCCACCGUGCGGUGGCCGAAGGUGUUGAGCCCACCUCCUUCCUGUACAACGCUCUUAUCGGCAAGCUCGGCAAGGCGCGUCGUAUUGACGACUGCCUUGCCUACUUCGCCGAGAUGCGCUCCAAUAACGUGCGUCCUACCAGUGUCACUUACGGAACCAUCGUCAACGCGCUCUGCCGUGUGAGCGACGAGCGCUUCGCCGAAGAGAUGUUUGAGGAGAUGGAGUCCAUGCCCAACUAUAAGCCCCGUCCUGCGCCUUACAAUUCUAUGAUCCAAUAUUUUCUGAACACCAAGGGCGACCGCAGUAAAGUGCUUGCCUACUAUGAGCGCAUGCAGGCCCGCAACAUCAAGCCUACCAUGCACACUUACAAGCUACUUAUUGACGCGCAUGCGUCUCUCGAGCCCAUGGACAUGGAAGCCGCCGAGAAGGUUCUCAAAUCAAUGCAGGCCGCCGGCCAGCAGCCCGAUGCCGUCCACUAUGCCUCUCUCAUCCACGCAAAGGGUUGUGUUCAGCACGAUUUGCCCGCUGCCCGCAAGGUCUUCGACUCCGUCGUCUCCGACCGCCGUGUGCGCCUGCAGCCUUGUCUGUACCAAGCCUUGUUUGAAGCGAUGGUCGCGAACAAUCGCGUCGCCGACACCGAGGAGAUUGUCAAGGACAUGCUCCAGCGGAACGUUGAGAUGACCGCCUACAUCGCCAACACGCUGAUCCAUGGCUGGGCCGUCGGAGGCAACGUCUCGAAGGCCAAGACCAUUUACGAUAGCAUCGGUAUCUCCAAGCGCGAGCCCAGUACCUACGAGGCUAUGACGCGCGCCUUCCUGGCCGCUGACGACCGCACAAACGCCUCCGGCAUUGUCCAAGAGAUGAUGUCCCGCGGUUACCCCUCGGCCGUGGCCAACAAGAUCAUUGAUCUCGUUGGGCCGUCAACCACCAUCUAA